UUUUUUUUUUUCUUUUUCUCUUAAUGAAAAUGAACGAAAAUGAACAAAAUGGCUUGAUGGAUGAUAUUAUCAAGUCAAUCAUGACACCAGGCUAUACUGCAACUGGAGUAAUCAAAAUCAUGUUUUAUGCCUUUUAUGCACUUUUUAUAACAUUAUUAGUGAUGAUUUACUUGACAGGUGGUAAUCCUCAUGUCAUUGCUUUAUUGUUAUUAGCUUUAUGUCUUUUCGUGACAAUCAAAUGGUAAAUAUACAAUUAUUUAUAGAAUAUUCAAUGUAUUCAAUUUUUCUUUCUUUCUUCCUUUCUUUUAUGUAUAAUAGGUUUAUUUCUGAAUUACAGGCC